CCAUUCGCCCAAACCGUUGUUCGCAUGCCAUAUACUACAAACAUUCGCAACUCAUCCUACUUCCAAGGAAAAACAAAAAACAAAACAAAACAAAAAUCGAUUGCUUCGAAAGAUUCGCCUCUCUCCCUUCCCUUCCCCUUAGAAGCCAAUGGAUGCUGUCACACAUUCCUCUCCUGUGCUGCAGAUCCCCGAUCUAACACCAAGCUCCGGAACCCUCCCCGUCCCUCCCCGUCCAUCCGAUCCGUCCGUUCCCGGGCCCGCGCGCGAGGAAGACCCCAAACGAGUCCAAGCGCGAGAAGCUAUUCCAAAUUAGACUUUUAUUCCUCUGCGGUGAAAAUGCAUGCCGGGAGAGUAUAUGGAUGUAUGUGCUUUUCAGGAAAUGCGUUGAUUUACUGAG